CGGGGACCCUGGACAGCGCUGGGACGGGGCGCCCGGCCGGGACCGCGGGGCGCGGCCGGGGCUCUCUCCGGCCGGGCGGUGAUCGGUGCUGAGCCCCGGCAGCGGGCGGGGGCCGCGGGAAGCCCUCUCCCCUCAGCGCCCCGAGCCCCGUGUGCGCCGUGCUCCGAGCCAGACACGGGCGUGAGCGAAACCGGGAUCGAUUCGGGGCUGGAAGCGCUCGGGGAGCCCUCUGAGGGCUCCGGCCACGAGCGGUACUCCGGCGGCCUUUGUGCAUUGUGAGGCUUUCUAAGAAUUCGCGAAUUGCUGAUGCUCGUCAAGGGGCAGAAAAUUUUUUCUGUGGUGAUUUAUAGCUACCAAUAACCUUCCACAGUGGUUGCGUUAUCACCUUAUUAUUCUGGCAUCUUCUGCUCUUGUUAGUAAACAUCAAGCUAAGUACUCCUAAUCUCAAGAGAGAGACUUUGUACAGUAUGUUCUGUACAAAAUUGAAAGACUUGAAGAUCACAGGAGAAUGUCCUUUCUCCUUACUGACCCAAGGUCACAUUACUGAGGAACAUGACAAGGACUGCACAGAAAACAGCUCUAGAGCAGCUUUGCCCAUCUGCAAAGAAGUCCAUGAAAAAGAUGGUCAAGGAAACCUUCCACAAAGGAAAACGAGCAGAAGUAGAGUGUACCUGCACACACUAACUGAAAGCAUCUGCAAACUAAUCUUUCCUGAGUUUGAAAGGCUAAAUCUUGCACUGCAGAGAACACUUGCAAAACACAGAAUAAAAGAAACCAGAAAAACUGGUGAUAGAGAAGAUUUUGAAAAAAUAAUCAGUGAUCAUGCUAAUGCUGCAGGUGUUCCCGUGGAGUCACUACAGGAAUCUCUUGGUGAAGAGCUAUUCAAAAUAUGCUAUGAAGAGGAUGAACACAUAUUAGGGGUUAUUGGAGGCACCCUUAAGGACUUCUUGAAUAGUUUCACUACUCUGCUGAAGCAGAGUAGUCACAGCCAAGAAGCAGGAAAAAAGGACAGACUUGAAGAUGCCUCCAUAUUAUGCCUGGAGAAAGAUCAGGACUUCUUAAAUGUUUAUUAUUUCUUUCCUAAGAAAAUCACAAGUCUUAUUCUACCUGGUAUCAUUAAAGCAGCAGCUCAUAUUUUGUAUGAAACUGAGGUGGAAGUGAUGCUCAUGCCUCCUUGUUUCCAUAAUGACUGCACUGAGUUUGCUAAUCAGCCUUAUUUGCUGUAUUCUAUACAAGUCAAAAGUGCAAAACCUUCCUUAUCUCCGUGUAAACCACAGUCUUCACUUGUGAUUCCUGCCUCUGUGUUCUGUAAGACUUUCCCAUUUCAUUUUAUGUUUGACAAGGAUAUGUCAGUUCUUCAAAUUGGAAAUGGGAUAAGAAGACUUUUGACCAGGAGAGAAUUUCAAGCUAAGCCAAAUUUUGAAGAGUAUUUCGAAAUUCUUACCCCCAAAGUAAGCUGCACUUUUAGUGCAAUAAUGACCAUGCUAAAUAUGCAGUUUACUGUACGAGUUAGAAGAUGGGAUAAUACUGAUAUGAAGCCAUCCAUGGUAAUGGAUCUUAAAGGCCAAAUGAUCUAUAUUUUUGAAUCCAGUGCCAUUCUCUUCUUGGGAUCUCCCUGUGUGGACAGGCUAGAAGAUUUUACAGGACGUGGAUUGUACCUCUCUGAUAUUCCCAUUCACAAUGCUUUAAGAGAUGUUGUUCUGAUAGGAGAGCAGGCCAGAGCCCAGGAUGGACUGAAGAAGAGGUUAGGAAAGCUAAAAGCAACCCUUGAGCAGGCCCAUCAAGCACUUGAAGAAGAGAAGAAGAAGACUGUAGAUCUUCUGUUUUCAAUUUUUCCUGGAGAGGUUGCUCAGCAGCUGUGGCAGGGACAAGUUGUACAAGCCAAGAAAUUUAAUAAUGUCACAAUGCUUUUUUCUGACAUUGUUGGAUUCACUGCCAUCUGUUCCCAAUGCUCACCUAUGCAGGUUAUCACCAUGCUUAAUGAGCUUUAUACUCGCUUUGAUUACCAAUGUGGAGAGCUAGAUGUCUACAAGGUUGAGACUAUUGGAGAUGCCUACUGUGUUGCUGGAGGCUUACACAAAGAAAGUGAAACACAUGCUGUUCAAAUAGCACUGAUGGCCCUGAAGAUGAUGGAACUGUCAGAUGAGGUGGUGUCUCCCCAUGGAGAACCUAUCAAGAUGCGUAUUGGCCUUCAUUCUGGAUCUGUCUUUGCUGGAGUUGUUGGGGUUAAAAUGCCUCGUUAUUGCCUUUUUGGAAAUAAUGUGACCCUUGCCAAUAAGUUUGAAUCUUGCAGUAUACCUAGAAAAAUAAAUGUCAGCCCAACAACUUACAGGUUGUUAAAGGAAUACCCAGGUUUUGUGUUCACACCACGCUCAAGAGAGGAGCUUCCACCAAAUUUUCCAAGUGAUAUCCCUGGAAUUUGCUAUUUUCUGGAUGCUUAUAUUCAAGGAACAAACUCACAGACUUGGUUUCAAAAGAGAGAUUUGGGAGAUGGCAAUGCCAAUUUUUUUGGUGAGGAAACAGGAAUAGACUAAGUUGUACAUUCACAAAUGUAUAAAAUAAAUUUAUAAAUAUUUGGAAUUUUUUUUUUGGUAUAAAUUGAAAAUUUUUAAAACAGUAUGAAACAUGAAAGCACUUUAGAUUGUUAACACCUGAAAGCCAGUAUUAAAAUUUCAGGAAGUAUGUCACUGACUACUUUUUAUUUCUCCUUUGCAUAAGGAACAUAAUCGCUAAAGUAAUGUUGCAAUGUCACUGUUGGAAAUGCUACUAUAAACUGUAUUUUCCCUGUGGUAAUUUGUAAGUGCUACAGUUCUCUCUAUACUGAGAAUUCUAGAUGUAUUGUAUAUGCAGUUUGUCAGGAAAUGUAAUGUGCAAGUGAUGCAGCCACAUGCAGUGUUGUGAGCUGGUGCUUAUCAAUGACUAUGAAAAUGUAUUUUGUUAGAGAUUCCAUAAGAAAAUGACCAUUAAAAUAUUGUCAUUGCCAUCACAUACUCCUUCCAGUGCAUCAUUUGGGCCCCAUCCUAGAAGGCUGCUGACCAUCUUCUCACACUGACUGGUCAAAGUAUGAGGGUGCUCAGCAUUUUCUGGAUCAGGCUGCUAACUGUAGCUAAUACACAUGCAUAGCAGAGUUGCUGCUUACUGUUUCAUGAACUUUAUUUUGUGUAUAAAAUGGAUAUAGAUUAAAACACUGUAUAAUCACAUACUAACAUCUCUGUAAUCAUCAAACUAUUUUAGUUCUUAGGGUUUUUAAAGUACUUAAAAAUAAUAAUAUCCACUUGUUAUUAUGUAUUACAGCAAUAAAUGUUUUCUUUUUGUUGUCAUUUAAAUUUGAAAUGUUUUAACAGAAGUGUAAUAAAAUAUGCUUUGGAAUGUUUGCUUAGAAAUGGAGUUCCAGUCAGACUGUAUGGAAUGGAAGCACACCAGCUUAAAGCUCUGAUCCUUAUUUGAGGGUGCAAUGUGGGUGUGAGGUGUUAUGGAAAUGCCCAUCACAUGCUCGCUCUGAAGUUGCCUGGGGAAUUUUCAGGUGACAAAAGAUGCUUUUAAACAUCUGAACACGUUUACAAAGAUUAAUACUACUACAGUACAAGCUUUUCUGUUGUGGCUGAUGGAAUAUGAGUGGACAAUUCUAAAGGCUUUGCCUGUGGAACUGGCAGAAUAGAGUUAGUUAGGAGUUCUGAGUUUAGGAUUCCGCCUCUCUAACUAGCAGAUCCAUCUGCCCAGAAAUUCCUCUGUGCUGUACAGUUUGAUCCCAACUGCAGGCUGGAGAACUGCACUGCUUAUACACAUACUACUACUCCCAUUUGUAUCAGGUAAUAUUAUUCUGACCUCUUCAGCUCCUGGGGUUUGGCAUAUCAAGUCAUAAAUGUCUCUUCAAACCACUGACCACUAAAUCAGAUUUGGCCUCUUAAUAUUUACAGGGAGAAAUUACAUUAGACUAAGGUGCUAUUUUGUUAAUUUUCUGAUCUUGACUGGUAUAUUCUGAAGCUCAAUAAACCAUUUUAUCCUA